AUGGCCACGCUGGGGACACUGCAGGGAGCUGGGCCUGGCUCUGGGUUGGUGUUUGCCAUGAAGGUCACAGGAACCCUGCUGUUCCUGGCGUUGGCACUUCUGUGCCUGGCACUUUCCACUGCAGGUGCUGCCACACACGAGGUGGACUGCAGUGAGUACAGGAGGAUGGAGAGGGGGAGACCCAUUUAUUGUGAGAGGCUCUACCAACCCUUCUGUGGCUCUGAUGGCAAAACCUACAACAACAAAUGUUCCUUCUGCAAGGCUGUCCUGAGGAGCAGAGGGGCCCUGCACAUGAAGCAGGCAGGAGCCUGCUGA